GCUGCGUACCACACGUCUACGUACUGUCGUCGCCUGUCUCCCCCACAUCUGUAGUUAUUGGGUCUGGGCCCGUACCUGUUCCGGUUCCCUAUUGGCUGGCUGUGACGUGUCUGCUACCAUUUCCCUCCCAUUGGUUGACACCUCCUCCUACCUGCCUCUCAAUUGGUUGUUUCCAAAAGCCCGGUAUCCGGGUAAGAUGGCGGCUGUGGAACAGUGCUCGCUGUCAGCUCAAUGGCGCCCAGUUUCGCUUACUCACGUUGAAUAUCCUGCAGGGGACGUUUACGGGCAGCUCUUGGCCUACCUCAGCCUUGGACCAAUCUUCAUUCUCAUCAGUUUUGUGACAUUAAUUAUAUUCAAGAGAGAACUUCACACGAUCUCCUUCCUUGGGGGUUUGGUAAUGAAUGAAGGACUAAACUGGUUAAUAAAGAAUAUAGUGAGGGAGCCUCGACCCUGUGAAGGUACACACACAACAGUCACCACAGAAUAUGGGUUACCUUCCAGUCAUUCACAGUUCAUGUGGUUCUUCUCCGUGUACUCAUUCCUGUUCCUAUACUUAAGGAUGCACCAGACAAACAACGCACGUUUCUUGGACUUGCUCUGGCGACAUGUACUAUCUCUCUGUCUCCUGACAGCAGCUUGUCUAGUCUCAUAUAGUCGAGUGUAUCUAUUGUACCACAGCUGGAGCCAGGUUACAUAUGGAGCCGUGGCUGGAAGCAUCCUGGCUGUAGCCUGGUUUGCUGUCACGCAGGAGAUCCUUACACCACUAUUCCCUAGAAUCGCAGCCUGGCCAAUCUCAGAAUUUUUCCUUAUUCGUGAUACCAGUCUAAUUCCCAACAUCUUGUGGUUUGAAUACACAGUAACCAGAUCAGAAGCCAGGAGCAGACAACGCAAACUCGGCACAAAGCUUCAGUGAGUCUGCGACCAACAAACUGACAGUGAGGUAUGACGGUAAGCUACGUAAUGUUAUGGACAGGAACUGAAGCCAGUACAGACUGUGGCGCACUGAAGAACAUUUAAACUGACGGACCAAAAGAGAGAGAACGUGUGGCCUUCACUCGGUUUACGAUGCCUGUCUUGCCAGCGGCCCUCCUCUGCAUGUCAGGACUGAGGCCAACCAAUGCUCUCAAAUGCACGCUGUCCAAUGAUCCUUCUCUGAUCGCUCAACUGACAGAAGACGGACUAAUGGGAAAUAAAGAGCUGAGGUUGUUUUUCUUUCUGUUUCUUGGUCCCCCACACCCUUUUCCUUUUUUUAAGGAGAUGAUCAAAUUAAAUCUAAAUUCCCGCGGAAAAAAACCCCCAAACCCUUUUUAAUAGCACGAGUACCCACCUUUUAUUUAUUUAUAUAUUUUUAAAAAAAUCCUUUGCAGCUAAUAAGUAUGGGGUGGAAAAUUCCAUGAAUGUCGGUGACUUUCAGACAUUAUUUCCUUGUAUAUCUUUCUCUUAAACCCAAUUGACCACAAACAGCGAAGCCCUAAUUUCCCUGCGCUUCAGCAAGAUUCACGUGGCCAGCCAAGCUGGCUUGGCCAUUUAGUAAUAUUGCCCCUUGGGCAUCAGCUGUGCUCCCCAAGGUGCCUACUGACGAAAGACGGCUGGAGGGCUUAAAGCAAUUCCUGUUGCACUUUGAACAAGAUUUCAGUCAAGGACUACAAACAACCCUUUUAACACUAGUGAUUAUUUGUUUUUGUUUUUACUUAUUAUUAUUAUUGUGUGGGUGGAAAGUGGGACUGUGUUUUUCUUCCUGAUAUGUUGCUUCUCAAGCUCCACGGAAAGGACUAUUGCUGCAGUAACCAGGGAUCUGAUCAAGCUUGGUAAUCUCUGGAGUUGCUCAUCAAUUUUUGUACUAUAGGGGGAGAGUUAUGUUUAGUCUUCAUAACAAAUUUAACAACGAAUAACAGCCUGGAAUUGUCAGAAAUAAAACUCCUAUUAUAAUCUCAGCCAUGAUGGCAGCAAUGUAAGUAAAUGAGUUGCUAUAAUCUCUCGGGGGUAGUGGAUGCAUUAGACCAGCGGUGUAUAACGGUUUCCCUUUAAUAAAGCUGGACUAGCCAGUAGUGCAGAUGAAAACUGCAGUCGUGGGUACGGGACCACGCUAAAAUAGGGAGAUUUCCACGCUAUGCUCCCUGAGAACAGCAUGCAAAGAAACCAUUCAAAAAGGGAGCAAAGGCCUUUGGGUAAUACCAUUUACGUGGCAGCUCUUUAAGCCAAUGCUCUGGUCACUGGGCAGCCUGCUCAGUAUGUGAAGCACUAGAGAUGGCCUGAGUAAAACAAGAAGUGGAGUAAAACAAGGGAGGUACUUAGCCUGGGGCCAAUAUUCAAAUAAACCACUUUUAAAAAGGAGAAUAGAAGCAAAGGCUUCUGGGUAACUAGUUACAUUUUCUUGGAGUGGUUUAUUUAAGACAUUCAGUGAAGGUAUGAAUGUCCACACAGCUGGCUUUAGAUCGGCAACCUAGGCAGUGUAAACCCAGCUGUAUUACCACUGUGAAUGCAUGCAUUUGACACGAUGCAUCCUAACUGUUCUGUGUAAUCACAACCAAGUGACAUCACUUCCAGCCGUAGUUUUAAUGUAAACUGUCACGUUUGUUUUUAAGGAGGAAGUGAUGUCUCCUAAGCACAGCGUCUGAUCUCUGUGUUAGGAUAUACUGUUCUUUUGAAUCGCGUGGAAAGGGCUUAAGGUAGGCAGAUCUUACUAUCUGCUUUUUAUAUUGUCGCAUUGCAAACGCUUGUCUCUAAAUGAUACGUCUUGGAUAAAUGAAUAGCAAGAGCUUGCACAGAUGAGUUACUUUUCCUACAAUUACUGUGGACUGCAUGGGAGACUCCCGACCCCCACAAAGCGCAAAUAGGGGGCAUUACUGGUAAUUAAGAUGCAGUUGGGGCACCAGUCUCCAUUUGUGCAGCUGCAUAGUACGGCCCUGCUCUUCAUACUGCGGUGGCUGUAUGGUGCCCUAACAAUACACUGAUAUACCACUGGCUCUUUGCUCCGAAUCGUCACUCCUGUUUUGUUUUUGUUACAGUGUGAGUGUAAUGGAUUGAAACAUGAGUUAUUUUUAUUUUAAAAUAAAACUGAUGCAAAAUA